UGUAAGUGAAAAUGAAAUGAAACUAAUCUUCUUCAACCGAGUAAGGAUGUGAAGAAGACACGUCGAUGAAUCGCAUCUAUUUCCACUGCAUCAUCCCAAAUCCCAAACCAAAUCAAAACCACAGAAACAAACCUUCUCCAUUUUUGCGCAAUGCCUGUUUUGGUCGGAUUAUCAGCUUCAGGCGGCUUUGCGUUUCUCUCCAUCUCCUCCGACAACGCUUCUCACAAACCCCUCACGAUUAAUUUCACCAAUCUCUGGACCAAGCGACCUAAUUUAUUAACCCCGGCUAGAAUUUCCCUUUCCAGCGGCAGCGCCACCAAAACCGAUGACGGCGUCGAUCAAUCUUCGCUCGCCGAUGAUUUCAAACAAUCCCGGAGGUCUGCUGAUUGGAAAGCGGCAAAGGCAUACCACUCUAAAGGACUCACCUAUGAUGGUAGAGUUGAGGGAUUCAAUGGUGGCGGCUUGCUGAUUAAAUUUUAUUCUCUUCUUGGGUUUCUUCCCUAUCCACAGUUGAGCCCCUCCCAUUCAUGCAGAGAACCCAAAAAGUCCAUCCAAGAGAUUGCAAGAGCUUUGGUAGGUUCUAUUAUUUCAGUGAAGGCUAUCCAAGCUGAUGAGGAGAGCAGGAAGUUGAUCUUCUCAGAGAAGGAAGCCAACUGGUCCAAGUUCUCUCCGCAGCUGAAGGUGGGGAACAUUUUUGAAGGUAAGGUGGGGUCUGUCGAGGAUUAUGGUGCCUUCAUUCAUCUGCUCUUCCCGGACGGAUUGUAUCACCUAACAGGACUUGUGCAUGUUUCAGAAGUGUCAUGGGAUUUAGUGCAAGAUGUAAGAGAUGUCCUAUUCGAGGGUGAUGAAGUGAGAGUCAAAAUUAUAAACAUAGAUAGAGAGAAAUCGAGGAUCACUUUGUCAAUAAAACAAUUGGAGGAAGAUCCCCUCUUGGAAACUUUAGACAAAGUUAUUCCUCAGGACACCUCAGUUGAUCCCAAUGCCUUAAAUGGAAGUGAACAUUUUGCUAUAGAACCUCUUCCUGGGCUUGACACGAUUAUCGAAGAGCUUUUGAAGGAAGAUGGCAUUAACGAUGUGAAAAUCAGCCGACAAGGAUUUGAGAAGCGGGUAGUUUCACAAGAUCUGCAGCUUUGGCUAUCAAAUGCGCCCCCAAUAGGCGAUCAAUACACACUUCUCGCUCGAGCUGGAAGACAGGUUCAAGAAAUACAACUGCAUUAUACAGUUCCAUACCCGGAGGAGGACACUGCGUCAACUAGCACUAUGCGAACACGUUUCAAAGAAUUUCGAGGUGUUGUAUAUCUUUUUGUUCCUUAAUCCCUUUUACUCAAGUAAUUCUUCAACCAUAUGUAUAUGCUUACUUUGCCUCAGUGAGACAAUGUUUACUUGUGAAAAUUGUACAUUUAACAGAUGUUAAUAGCC